UACUACCCCUUCCCUCUUUCUCCUUCCGUCCCGUCCCUCUCACCCCUCAUUUGGACCGAACAUACCCUAAUUCGUUUGAGGGGUUUCAGACGAUCGUCGUCUUCCACAAGGAAUCGGAGCUCAGAAUCCACUCUUUAGCGUUCAAUUGAAGGUUUAAGGUAUAUCAUGGCGGAUGUAAGCUUAGGUAUCCUCAUAGAUAUCGUGGACGAGGAGUGGAUGAGAGAUACUAUACCUGAUGACGAUGUUCCAUUGCCCCCUGUUCUUGCUUCCAGAACUGAGGACGUUGAAGAUUCGAAUCAAGAAACUCAACCAGUGAAGGCUGACGGCUGGCACGACCUUGCAGUGGCAAACCAGUAAGGCAUCCAACUAUGAUUUAUUAUACAUCUUGAGGCUGUAGAGAGUCGAUUAUGCUGCUCAAGUUUCAGGAUUCACAUGAACAUCGAUCGAAUAUCUUUUCUUGGUUGUGUUGUGUUUUCCAUUUCCCCAUGUUCUUGCUUUUCUGAUGUUAUUCUUCUUAUUAGGUAAUUCAACUUUGGAUGUGCUCCAGAGAUAUGUAGCUUCACUUCAUAGAAAUCAAUUUGUUGUGCAAAUGAAUGGGAUUGCAAUUUGCUGGCCGGGUAGAGUGUUUGAACUUGUAGUUUUGCCAUAUGUUUGUAGUUGUAUUUAUGCCAUAUGAAUGCUAAAAUAUUACUAGCA